UAUCCUCCCUUUUCAGGUUAACUUGUUGGUAUGGAUGUACGAUGUUCCCUGAGAAUGUUGUUGGUCUGUUUUGGUCAAUUUAGAGUUGAGUUUUAACGUGAAUAUUGAAGUGUGUGUCAGUGUGAACGUGAGUUCCUGCCUGUUGCCAGUGAAAUUGUAGCUAGCUGUAAGUGUAACCGUCAUUCUGUGAUUCACAGAGGUUACGUUACUUUGAUGUUUCGGAUUAUAUGUACUUAGAUAAAUUAUUGUGUUGGACAAAUACGGCCAACAGUAAAGCCCUUGCUGAGGAAAAGACAACAAAACACUUGUGAUUAUUCAUCCCCCGUUUUCAGGGGUGUAACACAUGUCACAUUGGCUUAUAUGCUCUUGUAGCCCAGGCUUUGCUGUUUAGUUUGGUAUGCGGCAUCUUUGUUUUUGAUUCAUUACAUAUGAACACAUGAACGUGAACCCAUGAAUAACAUACUGAGGAUCUAGUUUGCAGCACUUCACUCUGCUCUACCUUCAGGGCCCAGUGAGACUUUUAUCUUAAUUAACACCUCCAUGACGUGGACUGAGGCCCAGAGCUACUGCAGAGAACACCACACAGACCUGGCCAUGGUGAGGAACUUGGAGGAGAACCAGAUAGUACAGAAUCUGGUACCCCCACGAGAACAAGUCUGGAUCGGCCUUUUCAGAGAUGGAUGGAAGUGGUCUGAUGGAAGUGACUCCUCAAUGAGGAACUGGAAAACUCAUGAGCCUCGUGGUUCCAGUAAGACUGGUGUGGCAGCAGAUUUUAGUGCCGAUGGACUAUGGGAGGCCCUGGACUCUGAUGUCAAGUCAGUGUUCAUCUGCUACAUUGAUGAUGUUCCUGUUUCAAAGCGAGUGGUGAAGGUGAGGCUGGAGAAGAGCAGCUCCUCUCUGGAUCUGAACGACCCUGUGGUGAUGGAGAACCUCUUGAAGCAGCUCAAACAGAGGCUGGAGGACCAGGGGCAGAACGGCGUCAUCAAACUGAGCUGGAAGAAGCAGUCGGAUGGAAAAGUCUUUCACAAGGAAGAGAAGGAGACCAAGAAGAGAAAAAAUGAGCUGUAAUGUUCUUUCAACCCACCCUGGUUCUCCCCCUCUUCCUCCUUUUCUUCUUCCUCUCCAUCAAUGGUAGAAAGAACCAAAGUACCCCAGGACCGACCCGUUGCUGUGAAGUACCCUGUUCCCCUCUCAUAGUCCUUUAGACUCUUACUCUACUACAUUGAUGUGGUAUAGUUUAUAUUCUCUGUGACAUAAGGGUUCUAACAUGUUCUUCCUAAUGGCCUGAGGUUCUCCUAGAACCAUUUGCUUCUAAAAAACCUUUUCCUUCUUCGAGGAUUUUUAAAAGCCUCGAUGUUUAGAAGGGCUGCACUGUGGUAGUGGUGUAGCGGCUGCACUAUAGUCUCAAAGCAAGAGGGGCCUGGGUUCUGGUCUGGGUAGUCUUUCUGUGUAGGAGCGUGGGUUCCCUCUGGGUUCUACGGCUUCCUCCCACAGUCCAAAGACAUGCAGCACAGUAAGUAAAAUAUAAAAUGUGUGAUGAGCUUUUUAAAUACGACGCAUUGAUUUGUUAAAUCUCAACCUGCUGCAGUGUGAAGGUGUGACUGACAUGUAAAUGAGCAAUACUGGUCCAAGAACCAGCUGUUUAUUAUAUUAUAAUUCUCUAAAAGAGUUUAUUCUGCAUAAAGAGUGCUUUUACUUUCGAUAAUGAGGAACAUUCUUCAGUCGUUUGUACAUCCAUCAUUCUGAAUGUGGG